AUGCAGCCUGCACGCUAUAAAUCCACCCGCACUCGCACGCAUCAUCAUCAUUCACGAAGAACAACAGCUAUCUACAGCGAUGGAACCACGUCUAGCAUUUGUCUUGGCUCUUGUAAUGCUCGGAAUUUCGUCGGUAGCCCUUGCCGAUACCGACGAGGCGGUGGUCCAUUGUGACAAGGACAAGGACAGUAGGAUCGGCCUGGCUGUUGGUCUCACGUUUCUCCUGACUCUACUGCUCACUGCUCUACUGGGCGUCAUUGUCGGAGUCCUGGUGGUGGCGGCAGACAGAAAGAGAAGACAGAACAAGGUGCCGGAGCAAGUUUCUGCGAAUACCACAACCCAGAAUGUAUACGGCACCCACUAAACUUUUCGUUCACUCAUGUAUGUUCUCCGUUCAUGGUC